AACAGGUACAUCACAGUGGCAAUAACAAGCUCGCAGCAUUCUUCUAAAGAAGGCACUGAUCUAUCACAAUGAAAGAGGCGUACAAAGUCGUAGUGUUGACCUUUGUGUUUUCUAUGUCGCUGGAUACAGCACGUGGGGACUGCUACGUUUGCACGUACAGUAGUUAUAUCACCGAUGUAUACAACUGUCUCAAUCCAGGUGCAUCGACUAUAACCGCCACCGGAUGUACCGAUUGUAUGUCCGUGUUUACUAAGGUGAAUGGUGUUGUGACGACUAUCUCACGCACUUGCAGCACAGGCAUUGCUUGCAUUGAAGACAUAACGUUUGCAGGAACUGGAGUUGUCACAAAUUGCUGUGCUGGUGAUCUGUGUAACAAUGGGGCGACACCGUCAUUAACAUCUUCCAAUACAGACUCUACCAGUUGUUACAUAUGCAGUUAUUCCAGUUUGCUAAGCGAUGAUGUGUCUAGCUGUAAGAACCCGGAUGUAUCGACUGCUACCAUCACCGGUUGCGAAAGUUGCAUGUCUGUAUAUAUUACAAUGGACGGUGAUGUGACAUCUAUCGUACGUUCGUGUGUAAAUAGUGCGGUGUGUACUCAAGUCGAAGAGCUGCUGGAAGGAGGAACUACUGUAACAAAUUGCUGCACUGAUGAAUUGUGCAACAGCGGAGCGACGCCCUCAUUGACUCCAAGCAGCAACAACUUGAUCAGUCAUUACUCGAGUGCUGUCCAAGUCCGGUCGGUGCUCGCAUCCAUGGUGAUGUCAUCAACAGUCGCCAUCUUGUAUGCAUUGUAGAUUUCACACUUUAUACGUGAACACACCUUUUUUUCCAGUGAUUAACUGAUUGUAGUUGAUAUCUUUUCAUAAAUACGAAACCUG